GGAAGUGGGGUAAUUGUUAGGAUUUAUAGGGGAAGUGGGGUAAUUGUAAGGAUUUAUAGGGGAGGUGGGGUAAUUGUUAGGAUUUAUAGGGGAAGUGGGGUAAUUGUAAGGAUUUAUAGGGGAAGUGGGGUAAUUGUAAGGAUUUAUAGGGGAAGUGGGGUAAUUGUUAGGAUUUAUAGGGGAAGUGGGGUAAUUGUUAGGAUUUAUAGGGGAAGUGGGGUAAUUGUAAGGAUUUAUAGGGGAAGUGGGGUAAUUGUAAGGAUUUAUAGGGGAAGUGGGGUAAUUGUAAGGAUUUAUAGGGGAUAA